ACGAGGAAAUGCUUCGACAUCCCGUCGUCGCAUGCUCUCUCCCCUCUCCAUCCGCCGCCCCCGAGCCCAUCUCCGACCCCCGCACCGCGCUCUCCCUCGUCUCCGCCGCGCGCGACCUCCGCCAAGUACACUCCUUCCUCAUCCGCGCCGCCGAGCGCCGCCUCUCGCCCUCCACCUACGCCUCCCUCAUCCGCGCCCUCUCCAAGAGCUCCGCCCCUCUCACGGCCGUGUCCCUCUUCGUCGACAUGCUCCGCCGCUCCCCCUCGCCGUGCUCCGCCCAUCUCGAGCGCACCUUCCCUUCUCUCUUCGUCUCCUGCGCCCGCCUCGGCUCGGCCCGCGCCGGAGCUCCGCUCCAUUCCAUGGCCGUCAAGCUCGGGCUCGCUCCGGACGCGUACGUUCGCAACGCGAUGCUGUUCAUGUACGCGAAUUGCGGCUGUACGGCCGAGGCUUUGGAGCUGUUCCGUAAAUGCGUCGCCUUUGAUGUUGUCGCUUACAACACCAUGAUCAUGGGUUUUGCGAAAAGUGGUCUCCUUGAUGAGGCAUGGAAGCUGUUCGAGGAAAUGCCUGUGAGAACAGUUGUGACUUGGAGUACUAUGAUCAGCGGGUACGCGAGGAAUGGGAGGAGUAAAGAGGCCAUGGAUCUCUUUCGUCGGAUGCAGGGCGAAGGAGUCGAGCCGAAUGCCAAUAUCCUGGUGAGCUUGUUGGGGGCGUGUGCGAAUUUGGGAGCUUUGGAUCAAGGAGAGUGGAUCCAUGCUUACUUAGAGAAGAACAAGUUUGAGCUUAACCCGAUUGUGAUUACUGCAAUUAUCGAUAUGUACUGCAAAUGCGGUAGUGUAGAAAAAGCUCUUGAGGUGUUUGAGAGCGCCGAAAAUAAAGGGUUAUCUUCGUGGAACUCUAUGAUUCUGGGAUUAGCACUCGAUGGGCGUUGUCGAGAAGCAAUCGGGCUGUUCUUGAUGCUUCAAGCUAACGGAUUAAGGCCCAACAAGGUUACAUUCAUUGGGGUGUUAAUGGCUUGCAACCAUUCUGGCAUGAUGAAGAAAGCAUGGUAUUACUUCUCACUAAUGGCUAAUACUUAUGAUAUUGAACCGGAGAUUGAACACUAUGGUUGUAUGGUCGACGCCCUAGGCCGAGCGGGGCUUCUCAAGGAAGCAGAAGACUUGGUUAAGACAAUGCCCAUGAAACCUGAUUCUAUUAUAUGGGGGGCCUUGCUUUCUGCUUGUAGAACAUAUAAGAACACCGAGAUUGGCGCACGGGCGGCCAAACGGGUCCUAGAGUUGGAUCCUCAGGAUAGCGGAGGAUAUGUUAUUCUGUCGAAUACCUUCGCGGGUAGCGGGGAAUUUGGUGAUUCUGUUGGUACAAGGGUGAGGAUGAAGAAAAGUGGGGUGCGGAAGGAUCCUGGAUGCAGUGUGAUUGAGGUGAAUGGUUUGGUACAUGAGUUUGUGGCAAGUGGGGUGUUGCACCCACAGGCUAAAGAGAUUUACGAACUAUUGGAUGGGUUGGAUUCAGUACUUAGGAUGGUUAGAAAUGUGGCGUUUAGCGGAAUGGAGUUCCAAGGCUUGUAUUGGUGUUGAGCUACAUAAGAUCAACAAGCACUUUAGUACUCGCCAACGAGCUCUUAGCACUUGCCAACAAGCUCUGAGCCUGCUUCUCAUAGCGGAAGCCAAUUUUCUUCGAAUCGUCCGCGGACCAAACGAAGAUAC